AUGUCCGGAGCUUUCGCCGACACCGCAGGCUCCUUAGCGGCUAAGCGUGCGUGCGCCGGCUCCCUUGCCUCGGCGAAGGGUUCCCAUUAUUCCUGGCUUGCGGUCCAUCUCCUUGCCCGUCGCUCGGGGAGUGAUUCGGUCCGGGACAGCAGGACUCUGCUUGGAGGCCUGCUGUUGCCUAAAAACCCCAAGCGCGGGCCUCUUCAAGACCCCAGGUUCGAGAUCCGAACCCUCCAGCCGGGAUUGGUGGGAGACGGGCCGACCCCGCCCCUCGCCCCCGCCUCCGGCCCGAGGCCGCACGGGUGUCCUCGCGCUGCUAGUCCGCGCGCAUCCUCGCAGUUUGCCGCUUCCUCGUCCUCCAUCUUGCGUCCAUGGCCACCGCUGCGACUGAGGAGCCCUUCCCGUUUCACGGUCUCCUGCCGAAGAAGGAGACCGGAGCCGCCUCCUCCCUCUGCCGCUACCCGGAGUAUGACGGGCGGGGGGGUGCUCAUCGCUGUCCUGGACACGGGGGUCGACCCGGGGGCUCCGGGCAUGCAGGUUACAACUGAUGGAAAACCAAAAAUCGUUGAUAUCAUUGAUACAACAGGAAGUGGCGAUGUGAAUACUGCUACGGAAGUAGAGCCAAAGGAUGGUGAAAUUGUUGGCCUUUCAGGAAGCGUGCUUAAGAUUCCUGCAAGCUGGACAAAUCCCUCAGGCAAAUACCAUAUUGGCAUAAAAAAAUGGCUAUGACUUCUAUCCUAAGGCUCUCAAGGAAAGGAUACAG